GCGCCUGAGAACCUGCAGUCAUAAAUAAACGAUGCCCGCAUCCUGCCGCCGGUGCGCGUGCUUGGUUUGUUCGUUUACGCCUCUGUAAAAUCUUUUUUGUGUUUCCAUUCACUCGCUAACUCACGCUCAUUAACCAACUUUGUCUUUGAUACCCCUACAACCAGCCAAAAUGCGUUUCGCUACCAUCAUCGCCGCUUCUUCCAUGGCCCUUGUCGCCAGCGCAUCCGUCGAGGACUGCCUCAAGAACUGUGGCGCCGGCGACGUCAACUGCCAGGCUCACUGUGUCGGUGUCCCCUCUCCUAACGAGGGCCAGGCCAACUCCAACACUGACUGCGCUAUGAAGUGCAAGCAGGGCGACGGCUCUCCUCAGGCUACUCUCGACUACGGCAAGUGCCUGGCUUCUUGCUCGUACCAGUACUACUUCCAGAGCUCCGUCGGCACCCCUGAGCCCAGCGGUGCUCCCGGUGCUGGAAACGGCAACGGAAACGGCAAUGGUGGUGCUAACGGAGGUGCUAACGGCGGUGCUAAUGGUGGUUCCAACGGAAACAACGGUGCUGCUCAGUCCAGUGCCGCCGGUGGCAACGGUGCUUCUCCCACUGGUGGUGCUGGCGGAGCUGGUGCUUCCCAGUCUGCCGGUGCUGGUGGUAACGGUGCCUCUCAGUCUGCUGGCACUGGUGGUGCUAGUGCAUCCCAGACUGGUGCCGAGAAGCCCUCUGGUACAUCUGGAAACGGCGCUUCCCAGACCUCUAGUGGCGCCGCUGCUUCUGGAAGUCACUCUGCCGCUGCUAACCCCGUCGUUGGCAGCGCUUUCGUUGGUGCCCUUGCUGCGCUCCUUGCUUUCUAAAUCGGUGAUUGAGUUUGUGCUUACGAAUUGAUGGCCAAGUUGCACAGUAGGAACCGCAACGUUGUGACGUGGAGGCUGUCUCUCUCUUCGCAUAUGAAUUCUUGAAAUUGUCUUUUAAAUAGAAAACAAUACACGGACUGGCUUUGGCUGUUUAAUGC